UACUUUGGGCGUUAACCGGCAAAGCAUGCUGGGUGCUGAUCGCUCGGUCUACUUCGCUUGACACUCGUGGCUUGAGGAAGAUUCCAAAUUUGCAGGAUAAAAAUGGGAGUUGACGUCAAAACCGUCCAGCCAGGAGAUGGUAAGAGCUUUCCGAAAGCAGGGCAAACCGUUUCAGUUCACUACACCGGAACUUUGACGGAUGGGAAAAAAUUCGACUCAUCGAGGGAUCGGGGAAAGCCAUUCCAGUUCAAGCUAGGUGCAGGACAAGUUAUAAAAGGUUGGGACGAGGGUGUUGCACAGAUGAGUUUGGGACAAAAGGCCACUUUGACAUGCACUCCUGACUACGCUUAUGGACCCAAAGGCUACCCAGGAGUUAUCCCACCAAAUGCAACACUUAUCUUUGAUGUCGAAUUACUGAGCUUUAAAUAGGUCCCGACCUUUGCAGGCCUGUGUGUUAAUCAAAAAUAGUCUUUUUUUACCGAGCAAGUGAUCAUUCAGUCAUUGUUAGUUAACUGCUCUAUUUAUUAAGUGGCUGGUAAUAGUAGGUGAUGUCACUGCAUCAUGGCAAAUAUUGGCUAACUAGUAAAAAUGGUUCAUACAUUACUGAACUAAACAGUAGUCUGAUUUGUAUCAGAAUCAGUUUUCUAUACUUAACAUGAGUGUAAACUAUAUCUACAUGUGUACCUCUACUAAAUUACCUCAUUUUGCAAAUAAAAAAUUGAGAUUUAA